AAAAUCUAGAGUUCUCAGAGCUCCAAGUACGAACUUCUUCCCCUGUGUGGAUUUUUGGCUUUUCUCCGAGCAUGGCCCCCAAACACCAGUCUACACUUCCACCCCAAGCGAAGAAACCGAAGAAACCGAGACUGGCUCCUGCCUCCGGGUCAGAGGCAACGUCUGCUUCUCCGAGCUUGCCGAAGGAAGAAAAAGAACAGCAAGAAGCAAUUGAACAUAUUGAUGAAGUACAAAAUGAAAUAGACAGACUUAAUGAACAAGCCAGUGAGGAGAUUUUGAAAGUAGAACAGAAAUAUAACAAACUCCGCCAACCAUAUUUUCAGAAGAGGUCGGAAUUGAUCGCCAAAAUCCCAAAUUUUUGGGUAACAACAUUUGUUAACCAUCCACAAGUGUCUGCACUGCUUGGGGAGGAGGAUGAAGAGGCGCUGCAUUAUUUGACAAGAGUUGAAGUGACAGAAUUUGAAGAUAUUAAAUCAGGUUACAGAAUAGAUUUUUAUUUUGAUGAAAACCCUUACUUCGAAAAUAAAGUUCUCGCCAAAGAAUUUCAUCUGAAUGAGAGUGGUGAUCCAUCUUCAAAGUCCACUGAAAUCAAAUGGAAAUCCGGAAAGGAUUUGACGAAACGUUCAAGUCAAACACAGAAUAAAGCCAGCAGGAAGAGACAGCAUGAGGAACCAGAAAGCUUCUUCACCUGGUUUACUGAUCAUUCUGAUGCAGGUGCAGAUGAGUUAGGAGAGGUCAUCAAAGAUGAUAUUUGGCCAAAUCCAUUACAGUACUACUUGGUUCCGGACAUGGAUGAUGAGGAAGGGGAAGGAGAAGAAGAUGAUGAUGAUGAUGAAGAGGAAGAAGGACUGGAAGAUAUUGAUGAAGAAGGGGAUGAGGAUGAAGGUGAAGAAGAUGAAGAUGAUGAUGAGGGGGAGGAAGGAGAGGAAGAUGAAGGAGAAGAUGACUAAUGGAACACUGAUGGAUUCCAACCUUCCUUUUUUAAUUUUCUCCAGUCCCUGGGAGCAAGUUGCAGUCUUUUUUUUUUUUUUUUUUUUGUCUUUUUUUUUGUCUUUUUUUUUCCCUCCUCUUGUGCUCAGUCGCCCUGUUUUUGAGGUCUCUUUUCUCUUUAUACCAUGGUUCACAACCUAUUUUGGGGGGAAAUACCUUGAGCAGAAUUGAGUGGGAAAAGAAUCUCUACCCCUUUCUGUUCCAAAUUCAUUUUUAUCCCUUCCUGUCUCAACAAAAACUUUAUGGAAUCAACACCACCAUGCUCUGUGGGAAAAAAGAAAAACCUUCUGCUCCCUUAGCUCUGCUGGAAGCUGGAGGGUGCUAGGCCCCUGUGUAGUAGUGCAUAGAAUUCUAGCUUUUUUCCUCCUUUCUCUGUAUAUUGGGCUCAGAGAUUACACUGUGUCUCUAUGUGAAUAUGGACAGUUAGCAUUUACCAACAUGUAUCUGUCUACUUUCUCUUGUUUAAAAAAAGAAAAAAAAACUUAAAAAAAUGGGGUUAUAGAAGGUCAGCAAAGGGUGGGUUUGAGAUGUUUGGGUGGGUUAAGUGGGCAUUUUGACAACAUGGCUUCUCCUUUGGCAUGUUUAAUUGUGAUGUUUAACGGACAUCCUUGCAGUUUAAGAUGACACUUUUAAAAUAAAAUUCUCUCCUAAUGAUGACUUGAGCCCUGCCACUCGAUGGGAGAAUCAGCAGAACCUGUAGGAUCUUAUUUGCAAUUGACAUUCUCUAUUGUAAUUUUGUUCCUGUUUAUUUUUAAAUUUUUCUUUUUGUUUCACUGGAAAGGAAAGAUGAUGCUCAGUUUUAAACGUUAAAAGUGUACAAGUUGCUUUGUUACAAUAAAACUAAAUGUGUACACAAAAAAAAAAAAAAAAAAAAAGA